AGCCUCUCGCCUCGGCGUGCUGCUACCCCCUCUACGCUGAAUCCGUCAACACGAGGAAUCGAAUCGGGAGCGCGAAAUCAGCGGCGAGAAUCGAUUCCUCCUCUCCUUCUACCGCCGUGACGACGUCGAAGAGGAGGAGGCGGAGGAGGAGGCGGGAGCAGACGGCGGUGGAGUUCUGAGAAAGAAGACGCGCGCGGGAGAGAGAGAGUCGCGAAACGUCGCUCGCACUGUCGGUCGAGCGAGCAGCGGGCAGCGGCGUCGUCUUAUCGUUGGGGAGGGGGGAAGCGAACGCCGCGUUUCUGCCACCACCUGGCUCGCCCUCCUCGUCGUCGUCCCUCACCUCGUCGUCCCUCGUCGUCGCCGCGACCGACUGGCCUGGUGUGCUGGGGAGCAGGCGUUGACACGAGCAGGAUGUCGCUGUACGAUGAGCCCAUCGGCGAGGCCGGCAGCGACAGCUUCUGGGAGGUGGGCAACUACAAGCGCACGGUGAAGAGGAUCGACGAUGGCUACCGCCUGUGCAACGACCUCAUGGCCUGCCUGCACGAGCGCGCGCGCAUCGAGAAGGCCUACGCCACGCAGCUCACCGAGUGGACCAAGAAGUGGCGGCAGCUCAUCGAGAAAGGCCCGCAGUACGGCUCCGUGGCGACCGCGUGGAAGGGGCUGAUGAACGAGGCGGACAACGUGAGCACGCUGCACGUGGACAUGCGCACGCAGCUCAUGAGCAAGGACAUCGAGACGAUCAAGGGCUGGCAGAAGGACGCCUUCCACAAGCAGAUGAUCGGCGGCUUCAAGGAGACUAAGGAGGCCGAGGACAACUUCCGCAAGGCGCAGAAGCCGUGGGCCAAGAAACUCAAGGAGGUGGACGCCAAUAAGAAGUUGUACCAAGCGGCCUGCAAGGAGGAGAAGCUGGCAGAGAGCCGCGACAACCAGUCCAAGACUGACCCGGCGCAGCCACCCGAUGUGCAGCGCAAGCUGGCCGAGAAAGUGGAACGCUGCAAGGCUGAAGUGCAGAAGAGCAAGGACCGCUACCAGAAGGUCCUGGUGGAUCUGAAUUUGGCCAACCCCAAGUACAUGGAGGACAUGGAGCUGGUGUUUGACCAGUGCCAGGAGGCCGAGGGAAAGCGCCUCUCUUUCUUCAAGAGCGUGCUCUCAAGCGUCAAAGUUCACCUCGACCUGUCCAACAACGACAAGUUUGCUGCCAUCUAUCGGGAGCUGCAGCAGGACAUCUCCAGCAUCGACCCGGAAGAGGACCUCAAGUGGUUCCGUAACACGAUGGGCGCAGGGAUGCCCAUGAACUGGCCAGCCUUCGAGGAGUAUUCGCCGGACACCAACCGCACCAUCAGCAAGCGCGAGAAGUCUCGCAAGGCACCCGACGGCGUCACGCUCACCAACAUGACGCAGGCCGGCGACUACACAACCGCGAGGGCCAACACAGAGAGUUUUGAACAGAACCAGAACUUUGCGGGCGAGUGGUCGGACGAGGAGGCCUCCAACCCGUUUGGGGGCGGCACCAACGGCCACAGCAACCCCUUCGAGGAGGACGGCACGCCGGCCGCCACCGGCGUGCGUGUGCGGGCGCUGUACGACUACGACGGGCAGGAGCAGGACGAGCUCACCUUCCUCACCGGUCAAGAGUUCAUCAAGCUGGAGGAUGAAGAUGAGCAGGGGUGGUGCAAGGGCCGUCUGGAGAGCGGGAAGGUGGGGCUGUACCCGGCCAACUACGUGGAGCCCAUCUAGGAUCACACGUCCGUCCAUCCAACCACCCCCCUCCUUCCCCGCCGUGGUCAUUUAAGCACCAACCCAAAUGUUUACCCUCUCCCAUCUUGACCUCUCCACCCGACCUGACCCCCUCCCCCACUCUCCAACCGAGGACUCCUUAUCCCACGUGACAUGAAUCCCGUCUGCACAAGGAGCUGAUCAAAAGUUGCUCCAUGCCCUCACUGAGCCUGCCUUACUUAUUGCCCUCCGAUUGGCCUGUCCGCGUUGGAGCCCACCCCACGUUUCAUGUUCACCGGUUCGCAGCACGGUGACGGCGGUAGCAGUGUCGACGGUCGUGGUGGCAAUCUGUGCUACUCCUCGAAUCGCAAAGAGCAUGUGGGGUUCCCCCCCCCUCACUUCUUUGCCUGAGCAAAAAAAAUAAAAAUCGUACAAAAAAAUAAUUUCUUUACCAUGACACCCAAACCUGCCACACUGAUUGGCCUGUUGUUGCCUUGGUAACUUCAGUUAUUGUUUUUUUGCUUUUGUAUUUAUACAGAUUACUGCAAGCAGCCUAUCUGGCGAGCCAGCAUUAGUUACAUCAUUUUGUUCAUGUUAUAUAGAUAAGUAAAGAGCUGCUAUGAAUGCUGCAAUUAUUAUUUUUAAGUCACUCCGUAGCGGUUGUCCAAGUAUUAAUAUUCACGUCGCAUUACUGCAAAAAACAAUCUAAACGAGAGUCUUCGCCCUUAAAGUUAAGUCGUAGUGUCGAUUUGUACACACGAUAAUCCCACAAUCCAAAGGGAUGCUUCAUUCAAACAGCAACCUUGUGGUCUUGCCUAAACUGGCUUCCAGGUCACACCGUCGCCCCCAGCGUCGACGCUUUUUUUGCAAUCGACACGCGUGCUACACGUGUGUCCCGCUCUUGACGUUAUGUCUGUGAGCUGCUCGAUCAUAACCAUAAAAUCCUGCCGGCAUAGUCAAGUUUGACCUCCCAUAUCUUGAACUUUUUUUGCACCGUACCGUAGCCAACCGCGCUAAUCGGAGGUGCGGGGGAAGGACAACAAACUAAACACAAAAAAGCAGUUCUAAGGACUCUAAAUGAUGAUUUAAAACUGCGUAGCUCCAGUACCUUCCUAAUAUCGGAAGCAAGAGCGUUCCAGAUGGCCACAGGAGCGCAUCUGAAAGCGCCGAGCGAUGCAGCGACCGUCUUUGUUCGAUGGCCAGACAAAAGCCGCCGCUGUGAGGAUGACGACUGGAGUUCGCGUGAAAUUCUUAUUUGACAAGGUAAACGUAUUCUCGAAUUACUUCAGAAGCAUUUUGCACGUCAAGCAAAAUAAAUCUCGUCCAGCAAAAUACCCCACCAAAAUGCCGCAGUCGAUACAGUAUUACGCAACAGUAAGUCGUGCCGUGAGUUGAUACCAACGCGUGCCUUUGUGGUGUCUUAUUUGCCGGUGAAAGGGGAAGAUUUUUGUUGUUGCAUCGACAAGGCUACUCAUGCGAGAGAAACCCCGAGGAAAAUCAAAUCCUCCCAACGCGAGCUAAAUCAUACGCGAGCGGAGUGCUUUGCAGACCUCAAAGCGGUAACUCAAGGGGCACCUCCAGGCAAUCGGGAGUUGUCUCUAGCAGUCGGUGUGUGAACGCCACCACCUCUUCACUCAGUCAUCUCUGCAAUCAUUAGUUAACACGGCUGCGUUGUCCGCUACAUAAUAGACAAUGGCUAAGACCCAUCGUUUGCAACAGUAGCACAAAGCGUGUUUUUGCGGCCCAAUUCCCCAAUUUGAAAGUUAACCUGCCUUCGAAAGUGUAAUUGAAAAGACUGACGAUGUGCAGUGACAAUGUAUGCUGCUAAUUCAGUGACAUGGAUGUUGGGUUGUGGAAGGUCGGUAAGAAAAUGACCUUGGUAAGAAAUGACCUGUUUCCACCUUGAGCUGUAAUUAAGGACAUCUCGCCUUUAGUGCGGCACGUGAUUUUUAGCCUCGAGAAUGCGUGGACUUACUGCAGACACCCUAGUUUACCCAAGCUUGCAAACAACAUCGAAGCGAAUUGGCCAGACAUCCCAAAGACAACUCCAAUCCUGUAAAACAAAACACUUUUUUAACCAGGCUUUCUUUGAUAAUUAUUUUAAUUGGCCAAACAUUACAGUAUUAAAGUAAUACACUGCAAAUGCUACGGCGAAAUUAUUUUUAAGGGGGUGAAUUUCAUUGUUAACUGCCUUCAUUGAAACUUAUUGCAGCAGCAAGCAUAGCAGCUUUGACGAGAAGGGCCUUGGAAAAGCUGUCAAAAGCCAUGGGCUAUGGUGGAUUUGGUCUUCGGGCUCCAGGCCGCAUCGCCUCCUAUCAGGGCACUAACAAUGUUCUCUCUGUGCUUCAUUCUCACAACUGUUGAUCGAGACUUGCUUCUAGAAGAGAAAAUGAAAGUUCGCCUGUUUGUCAGCUGGAUUUGUGACUUGAUACGUGGGCCGCGAUGUCUGGGGUCGAGAUGGCUUUAUCCAAAUGGGAUUUCUGUUCUGCGAUAUUUUUUUUUAAAUGCAAAAAGAAAUGUCGUUUUUAGGAAACGUUAUCGGUUAAGAAAAAUCGUAUUUUUUUCUUUCUAUAUUUUCGCUUUUGUUUAAUAAUUUUUUGUUCUUCUCAAAGCAAACAAACAUCAAAAGUCGCAAUGCACAAGCGUGAUUGCGAUUGGUCGUCAGUUCGGUCGCCGUUUUUACUUUGUAAAAUCCCACCAGCGUGGUAUUCUUCGGGAUCACUUUGGCACAAACGUGUGUUUAAACAAACACAAAACCCGUCCCUUAGAAAUCCCCCUUCCUCCCUUCACCUCCCAAAAACAAACUUUUUAAGAUGACAUCCCUCUGUGAACGGAACAGUCCAAGGGACUCGCUCAUCACCCCUCUUCCUAGUCUGUAAUAGUGGACUGACCUGUACAUCUUGACCCGUUACCCACUCCCGUCGCCCAUCCUUUUUGUGAAAAUGGAAUGGUCCACACGUUUUAUCCACGUGGACUGGCUUGUGCAUGGAGUUUUAAAAGUUAAGCCUUCCCUUGGUUGUUGGUAAUAAGUGCAUAUUACAUACUGACGUUAGACAGUGAAAUGCUUAAAUAAAUCCUAAACAUAUUGCUUUAAACAAAAAUCGUAAAGAUAAGUUUAUUUUCAUAUAAUCUGCUUGAUAAAAAGGAGAGAAUGUGUUUAAGUGACAGUUUUUUUGUCUCGCACACUUUCACGUGUUUACGGUUUAAAUUUAUCGAACAAUUCCGCGCGUUAAGCUUGGCUGUCGAGAGCGAGACCCCCCCCCCCCCCAACGUUUUACCCAUUUUAACUUUUUUUUGCUUAAAAGAUUUUUUUUCUCCGUUCGUUAACGGAUGUCCUCUUGUGUACAGAUAGAGAAUUAAUAAAUAUAUGAAUAGUUAUGACAAUAAAUAUGUAUACAUGCAA